UCAUCUUCCAUCUUCGUUCCGGAUCCUGAUCCUCAUCGCAUUGCAUCGCAUCGCAUCUCCCACUCCCAUCCCAGCAUCUGGGCGCUAGACACGAGCGGUCGUGCAUUUCGCUUUCGGCACCCGACUUUAUCGGCCUCCACCGCGCACACCCCUCCACGUUUUCCUCCUCUUUGCACCUUUCACCUCCGAUGGACCCGUCCCUCCGCGCCUACGCGGCGCCGUACAAGCGCCGGACGACUCCGCCGCCCAACGGCCCCAACGGCGUCGUACGAGGCCGCUCCGCCUCCCCCGCGCCGGGGACGCUGUCGCAGCGCGGCUCGCCCCGGCCCCCAAGGGACGACGAUGACGGGGGCAUCCCGACUCCGUCAGCGGGCUACGCGUACAGCACGACGCUGCGGCGCAUGUCGUCGCCGACCCGCCCGUUGCGGCCCAACCUGAGCGUGCACGACCUCGCGAAUCCCUAUGACGGGGGUCCGCCCGCGGACGCCGCCAGUGCGUUUGACGACCAGUCGACUGUCACGAAGAUUGUGACUUUUGUGCGCCGCGUUACCGGUCACCGAGGGUAUGAGCAGGUCGCGGCCGAGGCUAGGGAACAGCGGGAGCGCGCAGAGCGGCGCACACGAGAGACGCCCAGUGCGAUUUACGCGCACAAGAGCGUCGAGGAGACAGUGGCAGACUUUCACACCGACGGCGAGAGGGGUCUCCCCAACUCGGCUGUGGCUGCGCUUGUAGGCCAGUACGGACCGAACGAGUUCGAGCUGCCGCCCGACGAGCCGCUGUGGCUCAAGUUCGCGAAGCAGGUGUACGAGAAUCCACUCAUCCUGCUGCUUCUCGGCAGCUCCGUUGUGUCCGGCCUCAUGGGUAACUAUGACGAUGCCGUGUGUGUCGUCGUCGCCGUUGCCAUCGUGCUCACCGUCGGAUUCGUGCAGGAACAGCGGUCAGAGAAGUCGCUCGAGGCGCUGAACAAGCUCGUUCCGCACUACUGCAACCUUGUGCGCGACGGGCGCCCUCACUCGCCCCUCGCCAACACUCUUGUUCCAGGUGACCUGGUUACCUUUGGCGUCGGCGACCGUGUGCCCGCCGACAUCCGACUCACAUCUGCCAUCCAGCUUGAGAUCGACGAGAGCGCCCUUACUGGCGAGACGCGUCCGGCGCGGAAGAAUACCGAGAUGUGCGAGAGAGGCGAGGGCGAGGACACGCACGGCGAGGGCGGCGGCAAGGCCCUCGGUGAGCGGCACUGCAUGGCGUUCAUGGGGACGUUGGUGCGAAGUGGUCACGGCUCUGGCAUUGUUGUCGGCACUGGCAAGGACACCGAGUUCGGCGUCGUCUUCUCGAUGAUGCAGGACGUCGAGGAGAAGCGCACGCCGCUGCAGCUCUCGAUGGACGAGCUAGCGAAGCAGCUGUCCAUCUUCUCGUUCGGCGUUAUUGGGAUCAUCGUCCUGCUCGGCAUCUACCACCGCCGCUCGUGGCUCGACAUGUUUACGAUCGGCGUGUCCCUUGCUGUCGCUGCGAUUCCGGAGGGCCUUCCUAUUGUGACGACCGUGACGCUUGCUCUCGGCGUGCUGCGUAUGUCAAAGCGCAAGGCGAUCGUCAAGAAGCUGCCAUCUGUCGAGGCGCUCGGCUCCGUGUCUGUCAUUUGCUCCGACAAGACCGGCACGCUCACGAGGAAUGAGAUGACCGUGACGCACAUGUACGCGGUGGACGACCUCACGGACUUGAACCCGCAGCUGGCGGCGGCAUCUACGAUGGGACCCAAGCACCCAGACCUGGCGGCCUACUCGCCGAGCGCGGCGCUGCUCAAGACGGCGCAGAUCGGUGCGUUGUGCAACAACGCCUUCAGAAACAAUGAGGGCAAGAAUGUCGGCAAUGCCACUGAGGUUGCGCUGCUCAACGUCCUGCCCAUACUGAGAGCCGAGGACGAGCGCAAGGGCUUCGAGCGUCGCGGCGAGAUUCCCUUCACAUCGGAGAGCAAGUGCAUGUUCGUGAGCGGGAGCCUGAACGGCGGGACCGACAUGGUGUACAUGAAGGGAGCGGUGGAGGCAGUGCUCGCGCGCUGCAAGUACUACUACGUCACGGACAGCAGCACGCCGGCAUUGGAUGACAGCACACGAGCCGCGAUCAACGGUCGUGCGCUCGAGGUCAGCAAGAAGGGGCUGCGCGUCAUCGCCAUGGCGUAUGGCUUUGCUCGCGGUACAUUGGGCGAGGACGAGGGGUUGGUGUUCGCCGGCUUCCAGGCGAUGAUGGACCCACCUCGCCGCGGUGUCGCGCAUGCCAUCACGGCAUUGCACGGCGCUGGCGUGCAGGUGGUUAUGAUCACUGGCGAUGCCGAGGCGACGGCCCUUGCCAUCGCACGUGAGCUCGGCAUGAAGGUCACCACUGGCGAGGGAAUCGCGUCGUCCGUCAUGCUCGGCAGCCAGGUCGAACAGCUAACGGAGCGCGAGCUCGUCGAGCGUGUCCCCGGCAUCACAGUGUAUGCGCGCACGACGCCGCGACACAAGAUGGCGAUCGUCAAGGCGUGGCAGCAGCGCGGCGCCGUCGUGGCCAUGACGGGCGAUGGUGUGAACGACGCGCCCGCGCUCAAGAUGGCGGACAUCGGCGUGUCUAUGGGCAAGAGCGGCACCGAUGUGGCUAAGGAGGCGGCUGACGUGAUCCUCGUCGACGACGACUUUGGCUCGAUCCUCCCAGCCGUCGAGGAGGGACGCUCGAUCUUCUACAACAUCCAGAACUUCCUCUCGUUCCAGCUCUCGACCGCCGUCGCCGCGCUAUCGCUUAUCACCCUCUCGACGUUCCUGGGCCUCGCCAACCCCCUCAACGCCAUGCAGAUCCUCUUCAUCAACAUCCUCAUGGACGGGCCGCCGGCGCAGGCGCUCGGCGUCGACCCGGCCCGCAGAGAGGUUAUGUCUCUGCGCCCGCGGCGCAAGGACCAGAGCGUGCUCAGUCGACAGGUCAUGCUGCGCGUUAUGUUUAGCGCUGCGCUGAUCGUCCUCGGCACGCUGUAUGUCUACGCGAACGAGAUUAGUGACGGCAACAUGUCCCGGCGGGACCGGACGAUGACAUUCACCGUCUUCGUGUUCCUCGACCUCGUGUCGGCGCUGCAGAACCGCGGCGUGUCCACCUCGCUCUUCGGCAACCGCAUGCUGUUCCUCACGGUCUCGAUCAGUUUCCUGUGCCAGCUCGCACUCAUCUACGUGCCGCUGCUGCAGCACGUGUUCCAGACGCAGGCGCUGGGCGCGCGCGACCUGUUCAUGCUCCUCGGGCUCGCCGCGACGAGCAUGGGCGCGCACGAAGCGCGGCGGUGGUACGAGCGCAAGAUGGUGCGCGAGGAGCUCAUGGAGGUGGGGCUGGGGAUGGCGUAGGCGUAGGCGUCGGCGUAGACUGCUAGACGAUGUAUGUUUGCGAUAGCUG